UCAAUCAUUAUCAAUCCAGGAAAAUGGGUUCAAGAGCGAUCAUUCGAGGAAGAAACUGUAUCCUAGGGAGAUUGAGUUACCACAGGAACCAAAUAGCUGUUACCAUCAAUCGUGACAUUCGUAGUUAUGAUGGACUGUUAUGUAAUGGUAUUUUAGAUGAUGUCCAUUCAGGGAAGUCAGCUUCAGUUCAUACAACCAGAGGAGCUGGCUUCGAAAUGUUAGCUCAACCUUGGCUGUUAUCUGGUUUAAUUGAUCGAUGUUCUGGUAAAAGAAGCUCCAAAGUUUUUGUACCAUUGGGAUAUUGUGAUAUGUGGCAGACCAUUCGGUUUGCAAGCACUAAUGCAGCUAGAAGACCUGAGUUUGACAGUGGCAGUGAACAUGAGGAUGAUCAAGAAAGACAUCAAGAGAAGGAAGCAAUAAUGAAAGACUGCGUGGAUUCGACAGUAGAUCUAGGUCAUAACAAAACCAAAUCCAAUGUGAAGAAUCAAGAACAGUCAUCAAUGAAGCAAAAAUUUUGGGGGAGUGUUUGUGGGAUUGGCCCUGCAAUGAAAGCGGUCACUACCGUGAUCAGUAACAAGAAGGAUGAGUUCUUUUCAACCUUGCAGCACUACUGGCUUGGCUUGCGACUACUGUGGCUAGAUGUUAGGAUUUCGUCCAGAUUGAUGCUGAAGCUAGCCAAUGGGAAAAAACUCUCAAGAAGAGAGAGGAGCCAGCUGACCCGUACAACUGCAGACAUAUUCAGGCUGGUCCCCUUUUCAGUUUUUGUCAUAGUUCCGUUCAUGGAAUUCUUGUUGCCUUUGUUUCUAAGGCUGUUCCCAAACAUGCUACCAUCCACGUUCAAGGACAAGUUGAAAGAGCAGGAAGCACUAAAAAGGAAACUCAAAGCAAGGAUGGAAUAUGCCAAGUUUCUACAGGACACUGUUAAAGAAAUGGCAAGAGAAGUGACACGUAGUGGGAAGAUGAAGCAGAGGGCCGAGGAUAUUGAUCAAUUUAUUAAGAAAGUGAGGACUGGUGCAUAUGUUGGUAAGGGUGAAAUCUUGGGUCUUGCAAAGUUAUUCAGUGAUGAACUGACCUUGGAGAAUAUGAGCAGGCCAAGUUUACUAAAUAUGUGCAAGUAUAUGGGGAUCCAGCCAUAUGGGACAAACAAUUAUUUGCGCUUUAUGCUCAGAAGAAAACUGAAAUGUAUACAAGAUGACGAUAUGUUGAUACAGAGAGAAGGUGUAGCCUCUCUCUCUGAACAUGAACUCCGUCAGGCCUGCAGGGAGCGAGGUCACCUUGGAUUGUUUCCAGUAGAGGAGAUGCGGGAAGAGCUGCAAGAUUGGUUGGACCUGUCUCUCUAUAGUGAAGUGCCAUCUUCUCUCCUCAUACUGUCUAGAGCCUUCACACUUUCUGGCAAGAUGAAACCUGAUGAUGUUGCAGCUACACUAUCGUCCCUUCCUGACAACAUACUGAGUAAUGUGUGUGUUAGCCUGCCAUCUGAAGAUGCUCUUACGGCUAGGAAGAGGAAGUUGGCGUUCUUGAAGAUGCAAGAUAAACUUAUCAAGGAAGAAGAAAAUGAGCAAGAGGGUAUGGUGAGGUUGGAAGACAAGAACGGGGCGUCCGAUAAACUCAGUGUGAAGGAAGCCAGCGAUCUAGCAAGAAAAAGAAUGUUUGAUAAACAGGAAGAGCUUUGCAAAAUUAGUCAGGCACUAGCUCUUUUGUCUUCUGCAUCGUCAAUUAGCAAGGAACGGCAAGAAUUCCUAAGCCUUGUGAACAAAGAGAUAGAACUGUACAACUCAUUGCUCGAAGAUUCUACAGCAGAGAAUGCUAAUGAGGCAUAUGUAGCCGCGAAGGGGAGUAAAUCUUCUGGAAGCUCAGUAUCCUCAGCACUGAUGAAAAAGAUAAAUGCCAUGCUCAAAGAACUCACAAAGGAAAUCGAUGAUGUUGACACAGCCAUCGGUGAUGGCUGGCAGCUCCUGGACAGGGACCAUGACGGUAAAGUCACAUCUGAGGAGGUGGCAGCUGCAGCCACGUACCUGAAGCACAACUUGGACAACACAGGCGUAGAGGAACUCAUCGGGAGCCUCUCCAAAGAUAAAGAUGGAAAGAUCCUUGUUGAGGACAUUGUCAGGCUUGGCACACAAGCUGACGAGGCAGAAUUUGACGACGAAUGAUUGCAGUCUGUAGGACCAAGAAUCCAAGGAAAAAACCUCUCUGUAGUGAUGAGAACGCCUAGCUACCGGCCAGCAUGACCCAUCGGCCGAAAGAGAUCUGUAUGCAAACUA